CUGGCCCGGGAAAAUAUAUUAUCAACGCAACAACACACAGAAGAAAGGAAGAGCUAAAGAGAAAGAUAACGGUAAGGAUAAGAAUAAGGGAAAGAAGAAGAAAAUGGCAGCAGUAGAAGAACCAAUACUCUCUAGGCUGGAUAGACUUGACAAUAUUAUUAAAAAAUUGGAGGAAGUCAGAGGAGGUGACCAUUCCCCGAAGACAUCAACGGCAUCAAGCGAGACACUAACGAGCGACGGGCAAGCUUCGUCGCUUGAUUUCUCACCAAGAAGCAUGGAGAAGCAUUGUCGUCCCAUAGACGACGUGAUUUCUGAGACAGAACACAAGGGGACACUCAUUGAGAGGCUGGUGAAUGUUGAGAACAGGGUGUUGAAUGUGUGUCUGCAAUUGGAAGCAGAGUUGGAGAUGAUGAAGAAGCAAAAAGAGGAAGAUCUUGUUCUUGAGGAGACGUUGAAAAAGAAAAGAGAGGAGAGUGUUGGAGUUAUUGAGGAGAACAAGAAGUCCCCUCAUAAGAAGGGUGGUUUCAAGAGUUUUGUCAAAUAUUGUGUUCAAGGGAAAGGAAUAGGGAAACAUAGACACAAAGAUUGAGAUUUUGUGGAAUUCCAAUGAUGUUCUGUUGCUGGUAUAUGUAUGUGUGUGUUUAUGUUGUUUUCUCUUCAAAGUUUUUGUUUUGAUGUAGGGUGUUUUUUUGGCACCUAAAUAGUGGUGUCAUUGAAUAUCGAAUAUGAUAAUUUUGGCAGUUAGAUAGAAGAUGGUGCUUAUAAAUUCUGCAUUCUCUUGUCAGUGGGUCCGAGUUGGACUAGGCUAGAGCUACAUUUGAGAGUAAUUCACAGUUGGCUAUAAUAGAGGUGACUUCCAGACUUACUGUUUGAGCUGGAACUGGUCUUCUUUAUCAUUGUCAGGUCGAAAAUGUGGUCCCUUCUUGUAGGACCUUAAUGGGUGUAGUAGCCUUCCGGCAAACAAAUUGGUAAAUAAGUUGGUAAAUUGGCAAUGGCGAGUAUUUGAUCUUC